AACCGGAAACUGUCCCUGUCGGAAAUAGAUCAAUGUGACACCGAGCGGAAAUAACCAACUGAGUCUCAGUAGUGGGCAGGUUAUCCGUGGUAUUUAAUGUUUGUGUCUGUUUGAAGGAACGAUGGGGUCAGUUCAUUAUUUGAGACAAUUUGUUAAUGAGCGACUUAUCGCUGCUGCGGACGAAAUAUUUGGUGUUUUUGAAAGGACUAUCGUUGAGUACCAGGAAAAGCUUGAUCGCCAGCGGCAGCUGGUGGAUGUCCUCUUGAAACCCCAAAUCAAAGUGUGCAGGAUAGAGCGCCAACAUGAAGAGGAUGAGGAGGAUUUGAUUGAGCAGAGGCUUUAUAAACAAAAUAACUUCAGUCUGGACCAAGAAGAUGUUAUUUCGAGGGAGUACGCAGCAGCAACAGUACCUGCAGAGCUCCAACAUGAAGAGGAUGAGGAGGAUUUGAGGGAGCAGAGGCUUUAUAAACAAGAGAACUUCAGUCUGGACCAAGAAGAUGAUGUUAAUUCUAGAGAGUACACAGCAGCAACAGAGCUCCAACAUGAAGAUGAUGAGGACGAUUUGACGGAGCAGAGGCUUUAUAAACAAGAGAACUUCAGUCGGGACCAAGAAGAUGAUGUUAUAUCUAGAGAGUACACAGCAGCAACAGAGCUCCAAGACGUGGACCAGCAGCAGCUUUGUUGGCAGGAGCGAAACUCCCUUCUGGACCAAGAGAAGCCAGAAACACCCCAGAUUAAAGAGGAACCCUGGAGCAGUCAUGAAGAAGAAGCGUUUCGAGAUACUCUUUUAUCCCUUUCUAUUAGUGGAGAAAACUACAAGACGGAGGAGUUAAACGAAAGUCGGUCGGAGGAUCAGAGUGACUGCUUUGCAGCCUUAGAUGCAAGCGAUGACAAGGUAGAGGGUGACACCAACAGCAAGGUGUUCAAAUGUGACUACUGCGGGAAAGCAUUCUCUUUCAGUUGCAAACUGAAGCGACACAUGCUGAGCCACACCGGAGUGAAACCUUACUCCUGCAAGACAUGCGGGAAGACAUUCAGCCAGCGCUCCAAUCUUAAAAGACACUCCAUGAUCCACACGGACGAGAAGCCGUAUUCCUGCAAGAUGUGCGGGAAGCAGUUCAGGAACGCGCACGAGGUGAGCACACACGUUAGGACUCACACGGGCGAGAAACCGUAUCCUUGCGACACCUGUGGGAGGAGCUUUAUUCAGCUGUCCAUCCUCAAAAGACACGCCAUGGUCCACACGGGGGAGAAGCCCUUCCUCUGCAACACCUGCGGGAGAGGUUUUAGCCACCCGUCCGUGCUGAAAAGGCACGCCAUGGUCCAUACGGGGGAGAAGCCGUACAUCUGCAACAUCUGCGGGACAAGAUUCCGAGCGAGCAGUACCUUGGCCAAACACAGGAGGGUGCACUUGGGGGAGAAACCACACCGCUUCCCCUCACAAGACAAUUACGUUGGGGGGAACCAACUACGGCUCACUCUGGAAGAGGUGCUUCAACAGAAUGAAGACGUCUUUAAGGAGUGGCUCGGAACCUGGACAGGUCCGCCAGCCAAGAUAUACAUCAACAAUGGCGUGGUGCCGAAGUUCUACAAGCCCAGACUGGUACCAUUUGCCAUGAGAAAGAAAGUUGAAGCGGAGCUAGAGAGGCUCACAGAGCAAGGGGUAAUAGAACCAGUCAAGUUUGCAGAGUGGGCGGCACCAAUUGUGCCUGUGCUAAAACCAGACAAUUCAGUGCGCAUUUGUGGUGACUACAAGCUCACAGUGAACUUAGCUUCCAAGCUAGAACAGUACCCAUUUCCAAGGAUGGAAGACCUAUUUGAGAAGCUCGCAGGAGGUCAAUCGUUUGCCAUUCGGGGUAUCCUCCAGUCCAGCGAUCUUCCAGUGGCAGUCUUCUUAGAUGACAUCUUGCUGACCGGGAAGAGUGACCGCGAGCACUUGGAGACGCUGAGUGAAGUCCUGCGGAGGCUACGAGAGGCGGGACUUCGAUUGAAACGUAAAAAGUGUGCUUUCCUAGAGAGUGAGGCCGAGUUUCUGGGUCACAUUGUGAACGCCUCGGGGCUUCACCCGCUACCGAACAAGAAACUGUUGCAUAAAGACAUCAAGUGGCAGUGGGAAGAGGAGCAAGAGCGAGCGUUUGAGAAGUCCAAGGAACUCAUGCAGUCUUCUAGAGAAUAUGUAAUUGUGUACAAACCAGGCAAACAUCACAGCAACGCAGACGCGCUGAGCCGUCUUCCAAUGCCAAAGGAGACCACUCACAAAGAUGAGGGACGAGUGUUGAUGAUGGAGGAAGCAACACUUGUGUCAACAAAAGAGUUUGACUUGGUGCUGAGUCGGCGUAUCUACACGUCCAACGAGAACACAAACAUUUCACGUAACACCAAGGCGGAAGUACAACAAACAAUCGCUGCUAGGUUAGCCGCUAAAUGCCAACAAAGCCGCUCAGCCUUUCGCUGGUCGCCGCCAAUGUCAGCAGCACACGCAGCUAUGUCCAAGUUCCACCACCUCAGGACUUUUGUCAACGAGCGACUGACUGCCGCUGCAGAAGAGAUAUUUGGUGUUUUCGAGAAAACUAUGGUCGCAUACGAGGCGGAGAUGGAUCGUCGGUUGAAGCUUCUGGAAGUGGCCUGCAAACCCGCACACAGAGCAGGGAAGCCACGGAGGAGCAAAGAAAGUCGCAGCUGCCUCUUUGACAGCUGCUGCAGGAGGAACGACACAAACUCCGCUCAUGUUUAUGAAUCCCCACAGCCAAGUUUGGGUCCCCAGGAGAGCAUCUCCAGUGUGGAGCAGGAGCUUCAAGAGCCCACACACAUUAAAGUGGAACAAGAGGAACUUCUAGAUGAAGAGCAUCUUCUUCCAAAGCAGGAGCUUUACUUUUCUAAUCGUGAAGCCCUUGGAGCUUGGCCACUUGUUUUGGACUGCGAGCAGAAUGAAAGUGAGGCGGAAAAAGACGCCACAGCUCCGAGGUUACGAUCAGAAUCGGAGAAUGGUGACUUUGAUGCAUCAGGACUAAACGGCGAUCAUCCAAUGCUCUUUCAGGACUACUAUCCAGAAAAUAACCAGGGGUAUAUCACUGACAAUAUGGCGUCCACAUCUGGUCGAAGCAUCAAGUUGGAAUGUCAUGACCAGGACCUGGAGAACACAGACAUUCAUUGUCAGGGGCAGCUUUUUGAGCAGCCUUUCCACUGCGGCACCUUCCACGCAGACUCCCACUUGUACGCCCAAGUAGACAUGAGGGCCCUCUGUACUGACAAACCUUUCAUUUGCAACAUUUGCGGGAAGGGAUUCGGUUUCAAACGUUACCUGGCGCAGCACAUGAUCACCCACUCCGCCGAGAAGCCGUACGUCUGCAGCAGAUGCCGGAAGACCUUCCGACGCCAGCAAGCUCUAAAGAUCCACAUGAGGUGUCACACGGGCGAAAAGCCCUAUUUCUGCAAAACCUGCGGGAAGAGAUUCUGCCAGAGCUCAGCGCUCAGAGUUCAUCUAAGAGUCCACACGGGGGAGAAACCAUACCCCUGUAAAAUGUGCGGGAUUGGAUUCCGUAGCCUGCCGGUGCUGAGAAACCACAUCAGGAGGAGCCACGAUGGAAAGAUGCUGUAGAUCUUCAAAUGAAAGGAUGUAGAUGAAGCCUUCAGUCUUUCCUGGUGACUGCUCACUCCUGGUUGACCAUCAAGGAAAUCACAGACAAUACCGCACAAUUAAAUAAAGUGCAACACUCUGGUAAAGACAUGUUUCAUAUACAUCAUAAUAUAUUAAUAUUUGAACCACAGACUUCUCUAAGCACAUCUUUGGCCACAUUCACACUGCCGGAUUUUUAUUUUUUAUUUUUGCUAAAUACCAUCUUUUUAUGUAUUACCAAAAAUAGUUCUAAUGUGAAUCCGUAAAUUAGCCCGCAUGCACGUGAUGUCACACUGUGUUUACAGAAGUAAACAUUGCUCCAUUUCUCGGAACUCUCCCUGCUGGCACGUUUAUGGCAAUUUCAUGGAAAUACACACACACACACUUUAGGGAUAUUCAGCUAAACUGUUCUGGUCACCACAUUUUCAGAAAGGGAAAGACCAGGUGGCGGGACUUCUUCUUAUUAUUCUUAUUUUUUAUAUUGCAGAUAACUAGGGUCCUCUACAGUAGACAUUUAAUUUUGGUGUGUUUAUUUUGUUAGAACUACAGGGGUGUGCUGCUGUUUUUAAGGACCUUCUGCAAAAAAGCUGGUCAGAGAUGGUCUCCAUGACAGCACUCUAGUUAAAAGUUAAAGUACCCAUGAUUGUCACAACACUAGGUGUGGCGAAAUUAUUCUCUGCAUUUGACCAUCACCCUUGAUCACCCCUUUGGAGGUGAGGGGAGCAGUGAGCAGCAGCGCUGGCCGUGCCCAGGAAUACAUUUUUUUUUGUCCAUGGAUGUUCUCAUUCAUACAGGUCAACUGCAGUCUGACCAUUCAGGUCAUGUUGUCCGACUUCUAUGUUAUCGCAUGGUGACAAACAUCACAAUUCUUCACCAAAACAGACAUGCGUGAAAAUACAGCAUCAGAAAACAGUCGGCGGCGAAAAAGAUGUCGACAUAUGUCAAUGUCCUAACGCUUGGCAUCUCACACUCCUUGGUGCAGACGUAGCAACAAGUGCAAAAAACGACCACAGCUCAAAUCCCGGUUGCAUAAACUCCUUAUUAAAAUUGUCGUGAAUGUACCAGGUCUGACACCAACACGAAUCAGUGUCACGUUUACAUCCGUAAACACAUGUUUUGUGCACAUGGGCAUCACUUCAUACAAAACCCAAAACCAGUGAAGUUGUCACGUUGUGUAAAUGGUAAAUAAAAACGGAAUACAAUGAUUUGCAAAUCCUUUUCAACCUAUAUUCAAUUGAAUAGACUGCAAAGACAAGAUACUUAACAUUCAAAAUGGUAAACUUUGUUUUUGUUGUAAAUAUUAUCUCAUUUGGAAUUUGAUGCAUGCAACGUGUCUCAAAAAAGCUGGCACAAGUGGCAAGAAAAACAAAUGUGUGAGCGAAUUGUCACACAGUUUAGAAACAUUUCUCAAUGAGAUAUUGCAAAGAAAUCAGGGAUUUCACCAUCUGCGGUCCAUAAUAUCGAAAGGUUCAGCUAAUCUGGAGGAAUCACUGCAUGUCAGCGACAAGACCGAAAACCAAUAUUGAAGGCCCGUGACAUUCUAUCCUUCAGGCUGUACUGCAUCAAAAAGUGACAUCAGUGUGUAAAGGAUGUCACCACAUGGGCUCAGGAACACUUCAGAUAACCACUGUCAGUAACUACACUUCGUCGCUACAUCUGCAAGUGCAAGUUAAAACUCUACUAUGCAAAGCCAAAGUCAUUUAUCAACAACACACAGAAAUGUAGCUGGCUUUGCUGGGCCCGAGCUCAUCUAAGAUGGACUGAUGCAAAGUGUACAAGUGUUCUGUGGUCUAACGAGUCCACAUUUCAAAUAGUUUUUGGGAACUAUGGACAUCGUGUCCUCCAGACCAGUAGUCCCCAACCGGGCCGCAGAAUAAUUUUUUUUAUCAAUUUUCAAUUUAUUUAAACUUUUUUUUUUUUAAAUUAAAUCAACAUAAAAAACACAAGACACACUUACAAUUAGUGCACCAACCCAAAAACCUCCCUUUAUCAAGACAAAAACCUCCCUUUUCAUGACAAAAAAAAUGUGUCUCCUCAGUUCCCAAAUGUUUACUGAGUGUAUUUAAAAGUAAAGGCCAUGUAACACAGUGGUAAAAAUGUCCCAUGACAACAUUUUUGCAAUGUGUUGCUGCCAUUAAAUUCCAAGUUAAUGAUUUUUUGCAAAAAAAAAUAUUAAGUUUUCUCAGUGUGAACAUUAAAUAUCUUGUCUUGCAGUCCAUUCAAUUGAAUAUAAGUUGAAACGGAGUAGCAAAUCAUUGUAUUCUGUUUUUAUUUAUCAUUUACACAAUGUGUCACCUUCACUGGCAUUCCGUUCACAUUGCAUAUACAGUAUGUAGAAGUCGGAUAUAUUAAAAUAUAUAUAUAUAUAUAUAUAUAUAUAUAUAUAUAUUUGGUAAUGUGAAUAACUUAAUAAAAUGAUUAGAAUCAACAAAAAAUCCAAAUUGGGCAUUGUAUGCUGCAGUGUUGACGUCGGAAAAAAAUUGGAAUGGUGCUGUUCACAUUGACAUAAAAUAAUCUGAUAAAAAUUGUAAUUGACCCGCAGUGUGGACCUAGUCUUUGUAAAUAAUUGGCAUGUUAAGUGUCUGAAAUGUAGAAUUUUACUCUGUGUGAUUAUUUUAUUAAAUUGUGUAACAAUUAUCUACCUCAGUAGUGAAUGUUUGUUGUCCAUGUGAUCAGUUGCACAGUCAUUUUUUGUUUCUUUAUUUAUUUUUUUAUUUUUUAUUAACUUCAAUAAAUUGUGGAUGCUAAAACAACUGCAA